AUGACGAAUGAAGACGGAAAUUCUACAAUGAGUAAUAUUAUUAUUGAAGAUUUACGAACAGAUUACAACGUAAUGUUACAAAUAUUACAAAAUCUUUUGGCAACUAGGAAAAUAGUAGAACAGCAAAAUGAGUUUCUAAAACAAUUAGAUUCUCGAAUUAAUAUUAAUGUUGCUUCAAACGCAGUAAUAAAUCCAAAUAUUAUACAAAAUACGACAAACAUAAUUCCUACAAAACCUUUUAAUAAAUAUAGAAAAUUGUUAGAGUUUGAUGAUAGCUUAACAGCAAAUAUAGUCGCAUCAAAACAAUUGGAAAUGUUCUUCUAUUUAUUAGGAGGGAAUACUGCCCAAGUUCAAAGUAAAAAUGGAUUGGAGAAACUAUUUACCAAUAAGCUGGGAUGUAAAUGCUCUUGGUUUGGCCGCAAGGGAAAUUAUCAAUUGUGCUCAUUACGUACAAUGGCAAUUUUAAGAGACAGAAACUUUCAAGAUCAUGUAUCCUCAUGGUUUAAAUAUGCAAAAACUAGAUAUUUGAGAGAAGAAGCAG